CUGCAGCUUGCUUAGCCGAUAGCGUCGUAUAACCAUUUUGUUAGCGUUACUCUUACAAAAUGUCGCAUCAAAAUAAAAUCAAAAAGAUGGUGAUUAAAAUACCUCGCCAUCCGUACAUCAUAGCACAGGGCGAAUUCGAUUAUCAGGAGCGCGUUCAAAUACGAAAAUGUCGCGUCAACUUGGAACGCAUGAAAGGACAGCAGACAGUCGGAGGACGCCCAUUCCCAUUAAAACCCAAGCCGAAGCGUUGCUGUGUUCGAGUAGCACGACUGCCAAAUGUGGAACGCAGCGAAAUAUCCGUAACACCAGCCAGCUCCAUAGUGUGUUCGGAUUUUGAUGAUGAUUCUGCUGACGAAUAGAUGAUGCAGCUGUCAUUUCCGCUGCUCCCCAAUCACCAAUUGUACUGAAGACUAGACAAACCAGGCAGUGGCACCAUGUCCGGGACUAUCCACACUCAUAUUUUGUAGCUGUAAUUUUGAAUAUCUAUAAAUACAUUUGUAACUAAUA